AAACAAAACACAGCCGAAGAAGAAGGCAUAAAGAGAAAACCAAUCUACUUUGAGAAGGCAUAAAAAGAGAAAGAAUAAUGGCAUUCAAUAAGGCUGUUGCAAUUUUUGGAAUUUGGUUUGUUUGCUCAAUGCUGUUGGCCAUUGCUGCAGCAGCACAAACUCCUGCACCUUCCCCGGCUCCCGCCCCAAGUACUCAAAUUCCUUCCGUCCCUACCCCUACACCUGCCCCCACCCCUUCUACCUCUGCUGCAAUCCACCUUGCGCCUUCCCCAUCAGCCCUCACUGAACUAAUUGGUGCUGCCCUUUCUUUCUUGCUCCUUAAAGAAGUGGCUUGAAGUCUGGCUUCCCUUUGUCCUUCUAUUUGUUACUCAGAUGAUGUCCGAUUGUUUUUGUUCUUCUGUUUUUUGGCCCAAAAGUAAGGCCCUAUUUCUUAGAUCAAUUUUGAUUCUUUAGUAUUGGAAGGAUGCUAAUUACAGUGCACUUGUUUGUGUCAUGGAACUCUUCCUGUAUACCAUAUAUUCUGCAAUCCUAUUUGAUUCAUUUAUAUUUCAUAUUUCAUUAAUAAAUUAAACUGUUGAAU